CUUCCUUCCACCCACUCUCCAGAUUCCUAACACUAAACUACAAAAUUUUAGCUAUGGAGAAUCCUUCCCCUUUCUCAAAUCACUCUCAACUAUGGCCGCCGCCGCCGCUUCUUCGAUGCUCUCCUGCGCUCCUUUUUCCCCGCCCAAACACAAUUGCCUUUCUCCUCACCUUCCAUCCACCCGUUCCUCUUUUCGCCCUAACCCUAACCCUAACCCUAACAGGGGAGGAGCUGGAGCGUCGCCGCUCAAAUUCAAUCCCAAAUUCCGAUUGAGGCCGGAGAAAUUCGCGCUUCAUGUCGCGGAAUCCAAAGCCGAAGCCGAAGCCGAAGCCGGUCGACGUCCUCCGGCGGGGGUGGGGGAGGACUCGGCGGAAUUCGUUCUGUCGGAGCAGAGGAUCUCGUCAUGGUUGUACUUCGGGGGAAUAUUGGGGGUGGUGCUGGGCGUGCUGAACGUGGCGUGGAUCGACAACUCCACCGGAUUCGGCCAUGUCUACGUCGAUGCCCUUUCCGGCGGAAGCCCCGAGGUAGACCUUGAGACGUCGGAGUUUAAACUCAUGAUCGUAACCGGUUACAAAUCUCUUACGGAAGAAGCCCAAGUCUAUUUUUAUUCAACUAACGGGAUGACGAUGAUGUGUUUAUGUCGUUGUUUUCCGCACGCACAGGUUACCAUGCUGCUUCUUAUUUUGGUAUUCGGCUUAGUUCAUAGCGGGUUGGCUAGUCUAAGGGAUGUGGGCGAGAAACUAGUGGGAGAGCGAGCAUUUCGUGUAUUGUUUGCCGCAGUAUCUCUACCCUUAGCCGUUACCACCGUCGUGUAUUUCAUCAACCAUAGAUACGACGGCAUGCAGCUGUGGCAGCUUCAAGGCGUUGCCGGGUUGCACCAAUUUAUUUGGUUCGCAAACUUCGUCUCUUUCUUCUUCCUCUACCCGUCCACGUUCAACCUGUUGGAAGUUGCCGCAGUCGAUAAGCCAAAAAUGCAUCUGUGGGAGACGGGAAUAAUCAGAAUUACGCGCCAUCCGCAGAUGGUCGGACAAGUGAUUUGGUGCCUUGCACACACACUCUGGAUUGGUAACUCAGUCGCAGUGGCAGCAUCCGUAGGCCUAAUUGCGCACCAUCUGUUCGGCGUCUGGAACGGCGAUCGACGGCUGGCCAUACGCCACGGCGAAGCUUUCGAAAUCGUCAAGAGCAGGACGAGUGUUGUCCCCUUUGCCGCCAUCUUUGAGGGCCGUCAGAAGCUGCCGGAUGACUACCUGAAAGAAUUCCUGCGGCUGCCGUAUCUUGCAAUAACGGUGUUGACAUUAGGAGCGUAUUUCGCUCACCCGCUCAUGCAGGCUGCUAGCUUCCGACUCCAUUGGUAAAAAGAUGACGACCGAAUAUUCGUACAGCAGAUACAUGUGUGAUUCAUACAAAGAUUCGGAGAAUUCAACUCGGCGCUGCAAUAAAAUCUUCAAAUCCGGCAUUCACCAUUGAACCUGCAAGUAAAUUAAGCGACAACGUAAUCAAAAGGGCAAAGGACGACAAGUCUUCAAAUGAAUUAUGUACUAAGCUAUGCAUUAAGUCGAAAAAGAGAUAGACUAUCAUGCAAACGGUACAAAUUUUCAAAUAAUACCAUAACAUAUGCUCAUACAA